AUGGCCGCCGUACCCGUCGCCCGCCACCUCACCCGCGCCGCCCUCCCGCUCGUCCCCUCCCUCGGCUUCACCUCGGCCGCCCUCAUCGCCGCCUCGAACCCCUCAUCGCCCAUCUCGACCCACACGCUCCACGCCCUGUUCCCCUCGCCACCACCCGCCGAGCCCUCCGACUGGUCCCUCCGCGGCCUCGCCCUCGGCAACGGCGGCCGCCGCUCGCGCUCGCGCCACGAGCUCGUCGCCCUCGCGCGCGGCGAGGGCACCGCACCGCGCGACCGCGAGCGCACCGGGCCCGCACGCGCGCUCGUCCAAGAGUGGCUCGUGCAGGGCAGGGAUGGCAUGAGGACCGCCGUGCGAGACAGUGGGCUGAGGGGCGAGGACGCGAUCCGGUUCGGGUUGCGCGAGCGCAUCGCCUACAACAAGCCGGCCCUCGCACUCCUCUCGGCGCCACAGGGCACCUACCUCUCGCACCCGCUCUCGGCCCUCCCCGUGCCCAACCCGGCCUCGCACCUCUCGCACGUCGCCCACAUCGCCCAGGACCUCGCAAAAGCGAGCGGCAGCGUCGCCCAGGGCACCGACUGGUACACCCUGCGCCUCCGCCUCUCGACCGCCUACGCCCUCGCCGAGCUCUCCCUCCUCUCCCCCUCCGCAUCGUCCGCCCCAGAGCGCAUCGCCGCCGCGCAGCAGUACGCCGACCGCCUCCUCGACCAGGGCGCGCGCGUCGGCAAGGAGAUGGAAAACGCCGGCCUCUUCCUCGAGUGGGUGCGCAAGUCGUGGGCUGGCAUCAGGCGCAGCGUGCUUGCGUAG